AUGGCAGUGGCGUGGGCGUGCGAGAUUGCAGACUUUUACGCCCUCUCGCGCAUCCCGCUGCCGCUCUAUGGCAUCCCCGCCGCGCUCGGCCCUGCGCUUGUCCUCCUCGCGUGCCGGCCGCUGGACCACAUUGGCGUGCGGCUCGCCGGCGCAUUCUGCUGCGCCAGCUACCUGUACUACGUGCGGCCGCACCACACGCAUAUGACCUUCAUCAUCGAUAUCCUCGACUGCAUCGAGAGCGACUGGCCCGCCGCCGCCGCGUCGGGCUGGGCGCCGCUCGAGACGGUGCUGCUCUCGCUGCAGCUCUUCGGCAUCUUCUUCGCCUCGCUCGGCUCGGCGAUCGGCUUCUUCGCCGCGUCUCUCUCCCGCGCGACCCGCGACGCGCUGCGCCGGCAGUGGGUGGUGUUGCGCACGAGCUACGCCCUCGGCGCCGCCUCGUGGGGCACGCAGCGGGCCACGACAUGCGCCGCCUCGUGGGGCACGCAGUAUCUCGUGCUUCUCGCCGUCGGGCGGCCAGUCUCGCCCUACCUCGCCCUCUCGUGCUACUGCGACGGCUUCGGGACGCUGCUCUUCACGCUCUUCUUCACCGAGCGCGUGCGCGGACGCAUACACCGCUCGCUUGGGCUCGGGUGGAACGGGAAGCCCGAGACGUGCCGCUCCCUCGCCGCCGUCGCCUCUCUGAUCGGGAGCGGCGCCGCGACGUCGGUGAUCGAGCGCCGGUGCCGCGACGCGAUCUCCUCCUUCCGCGGCGUGCCGUGGACGAGCCUCACGGCCGGCGAUUUGGCGGCGGAGUGGGACGGUGAGCUCGAGGCGCGACGGCAGGAGGACCACACGGUGCCGGCGGCGCUGGGCGAGGUGGACGCAUUCCUCUCGCACUCCUGGUCCGACGACGGGCGAGAAAAGUACGAGGCGCUGUGCGGCUGGGCCGACGCGUUCGAGGCGGCGUACGGGCGGCCGCCGCUGCUGUGGCUGGACCGCUGCUGCAUUCGGCAGGAUGACGACAUCGCAGCAAGCCUCCUCGGGCUGCCAAUCUUCCUCUCCGGAUGCCGCUCGCUGCUCGUCCUCUACGGCCCGUCCUACUGCGGCCGGCUGUGUGUGAUGGAGGUCUUCUGCUUCCUCGCGAUGGGUGGCAAGCCUGACGACAUCCAC